AUGAAAGCAUCAGCCAAUUCAUUUCACACCUCCGAUCAGUGCCAACCCCGCCUCAUUCUAUUGAAGCGUAUUUAUGUCGAUCCGCCGAAUCGUGCCUUUGGGACCCUGCCAUACCUGGUACGUUCUCGAUCGUCUCGUCUCGUGUCGUCUCUUGCCUUCGACCUUUUCAACGGAAUGGCCUUUCGGGGACGCGAUACAGAAGCGGAGAUGCAAGUUUCGAAUGGCGUGCAUGGCGCGACAGGUCUACCCACGGCUGCCGGAGCGAAUGUUGCGCUGCAAGACUUCCUCGAGGAGUUGGUUGAUCUGGUCGUGUGA